CUGGCUUUGCUUCACUUUCCCUCCCUCCCAGUUGCCCCAGCAGGACAGUUGGGUCUCAGCACCUCAAGAGGCUCCUUCAAACCAACAACCAAGCAAACCAGUCAACCGGCCAUGAGCAAGUCGUACUCCUCCUCAGCCCAGAGCGCCUCUUCGUACCGCCGCACCUUCGGCUCGGGUGUGGGUUCAACACCAAUGUCAUCCCUCUUCUCCUCCCAUGGAGGAGGAGGCCGCAGCUCCUCUUCCAGCCAUAUGUCUAGCAGGGUCUAUGAGAGCGUCAAGAGCGCCGGGGGGCCAUCCUUUUCCAGCUAUAGAGCGUCUGGCGCUGGGGGAUUAGGGUCCUCUUCAGCCAUGAGAACGUAUACCGGCGAGAAGCUCGACUUCAACCUCGCAGAUGCCAUGAACCAAGACUUCCUCAACACAAGGACCAACGAGAAGGCCGAGCUUCAGCACCUCAACGACCGCUUCGCCAGCUACAUUGAGAAGGUGCGCUUCCUUGAGCAGCAGAACGCAGCCCUGACGGUGGAAAUUGAGAAGAUGAGGGGACGCGAGGGGCCCGGACGCGUGGCCGAUCUGUACGAGGAGGAGAUGAGGGAGCUGAGGCGGCAGAUCGAGACCAUCACCAGCCAACAUGCCAGAGUGGAAGUGGAGCGAGACAACCUGGGCGAUGAUCUCCAAAAGCUCAAGCUCAGACUGCAGGAAGAGAUUCACCAGAAGGAAGAGGCCGAGAACAACCUAUCUGCUUUCAGAGCCGAUGUUGACAAUGCCACUCUAGCCAGGCUGGACCUGGAGAGACGCAUCGAGAGCCUGCAAGAAGAAAUUGCCUUCCUCAAGAAAAUACAUGAAGAGGAGAUCCGUGAGCUGCAGAGCCAGAUGCAAGACACUCAGGUGCAGGUCCAGAUGGACAUGUCCAAGCCUGACCUGACUGCUGCUCUGAGGGACAUCCGCAUGCAGUACGAAGCCAUCGCUGCAAAGAACAUUGGAGAGGCUGAAGAAUGGUACAAGUCAAAGGUGUCAGAUCUGAACCAGGCCGUGAACAAGAACAAUGAUGCACUGCGUUCGGCCAAGCAGGAGUCCAUGGAGUACAGGCACCAGAUCCAGUCCUACACCUGCGAGAUCGACUCACUCAAGGGCACGAAUGAGUCUCUGCUGCGCCAGAUGAGAGAUAUGGAGGAUCGCAUGGGGCGCGAGUCCUCUAGUUACCAGGAUACCAUUACACGGCUGGAGGAGGAUAUUGCUAAGAUGAAGGACGACAUGGCUCGCCACCUGAGGGAGUACCAGGACCUCCUCAAUGUGAAGAUGGCCCUUGAUAUUGAAAUCGCCACCUACCGCAAGCUGCUGGAGGGAGAGGAGAGCAGGAUCACCACCAAUAUGCCUCUCCAGUCUGCAUAUUCCUCCAUUGGCUUCAGAGAGAGCAGUCCCGACUCCCAGUCCCAGCAUCAGCGCGCAUCAGAGGUUCACUCCAAGAAGACUGUUCUCAUUAAGACCAUUGAGACCCGCGAUGGAGAGAUGUCAUAUUCCCUGAGCCAGGGCGCUAGCGCCCAGUCUGUCGUCAGUGAAUCCACACAGCACCAGCAAGACAUCAUGUAACAAGGCAACAUAACACCUAAAAAUGAAAAAAUGAACUGAAAUUCAAUAGGAUUCCUCCUACGAAUGUAAGAAUUUAUAUGUUUUAGUGGUAGAACACAUGUAAACGGUGAGUUAUGUAAGUGGAUAUGGUCCACUGUAACCAUCACAACACAGGCACAAUGCCUUUAAGCCUGGUUUUAAAUAGAAGGCAUUCCAGGAGUUCAUUCUUUAUUCGUAUUAUCUUCCAUUUCGCAAAGGCAUCAGACUUUGUUUAUUUUUUUCUCAAUGAUGAUCAAGACCUGUACCGCUGAAAGAAAGUCAAUGCAAUUUGACAAGAACACCAUGGUGAAAAGAAAAAUUGUAACAGUCGAUCUCAAUGGACGCAUUAACAUUGAUUAAAAUGGGUUAUUUGUGUUGCUGAUUUAAGGAACGUGAGAAGUUGGAUUUGAAAAUAUCAUAAGCUCAAAUACUGAAUGAAAGGGGAACACGGUCAUGUUAAGUUUGAGCUCUGUAGCAUGUCCUGGAUGUUUGACUGUAUGUGCACGGGCAACCAUGGUAUGCUGUUUCACUGUGACAAAAACCUCAAAUAAAGACCUUUGCCACUUGAAGGUGCUAAAGCUUA